AUGACGAUUCUGCGAUUAAUCAUACUUGCUCUGGCGACAGGGCAUGUAGGGGGAGAGACCAGGAUCAUCAAGGGGUAUGAAUGCCCUCCUCAUUCCCAGCCCUGGCAGGUGGCCCUGUUCCAGAAGACCAGAUUACUCUGCGGGGCAACCCUCAUCGCCCCCAAGUGGCUCCUGACAGCAGCGCACUGCCGCAAGCCGUGGGUCACCCCCACAUCCGCAUCUCAUGUCUCUCCCUGCCUUUUCCUCUCUGACCGUCAUCUCUCCUACCUCAGCCACUACAUAGUGCACCUAGGAGAGCACAAUCUGCAGGAACAGGAUGGCUGUGAGCAGACCCGGACAGCCACCGAGUCCUUCCCCCACCCAGAGUACAACAACAGCCUCCCCAACAAAGACCACCGCAACGACAUCAUGUUGGUGAAAAUGGGGAGGCCAGCUCUCAUCACUCGGGCAGUGCGACCCCUCACCCUGUCAUCCCACUGUGUUACUGCUGGCACCCGCUGCCUUAUUUCUGGCUGGGGCACCACAUCCAGCCCCCAGUUGCAUCUGCCUCACUCCUUGCGAUGUGCCAACAUCACCAUCAUUGACCACAAGGAAUGUGAGGAGGCCUAUCCCGGCAACAUCACAGACACCAUGGUGUGUGCCAGUGUUCGCAAAGAGGGCAAGGACUCGUGCCAGGGCGACUCUGGGGGACCUCUGGUCUGUAACGGUUCUCUACAAGGCAUUAUCUCCUGGGGCCAGGACCCAUGUGCUAUUAGCAAAAAGCCUGGUGUUUAUACAAAAGUAUGCAAAUACGUGGACUGGAUCCAGAAGACCAUGAAAAGCAAUUAG